AGUGGAGCAGACGGGAGCAGACUAAGCAGAGGCGAUGCCGAGCGAAGAAGCUUCAGCCGAAACGGCGCCGCAGGAGAACGUAGAGGCCUUGCUUGAAGUACAAGAAACGCCUAUAUGCUUAUUUCUAUUAUCGGCUGCUAGAUAUGAUGACAUUGAUGAUGUUAAACUCAUAGCUUAUGCUGGAGUUUCUCUUGAUUCUAAGGAUUCACAAGGGAGAACAGCACUUCACAUGGCUGCAGCUAAUGGACAUCUUGAUGUUGUGGAGUUUCUUAUCAGUAGUGGAGUGGAUCUUAAUGCUUCUAAUGUGGAGAAGAAUACACCACUUCAUUGGGCUUGCUUAAAUGGGCAUAUUGAGGUUGUUAAAAAUCUGAUUCUUGCUGGAGCAAAUGUAACUGCACUAAAUAGCCAUGAGAGGACUCCAAUGGAUGAAGCAGUGAGUAGGGGAAAGAUGGAUGUUAUUGACGCAAUUAAUGCAGCUGUGGCACAAGUUGAACUUACUGGCAUUGGGGUUUCUGAAACUGUUGAAAAUUUUGGUGAGCGAAUUCUCGCCGUUCCUAGUGAGCCGUGACAGCUCUUUCUUUCAUGGUUAACUACCCACUUUGAGUAAAUAUACUGUCUUGGUGGAGUUGGGGGUCUCAUCGCUCUAUUGUGUUUACUAAUGGUUUUGACAUGUUGAGAACUAUGAAAGGAGUUUUGGAUGGCUUAUGAGCUUGAGGUCCGCUUUCCAUGUCAUGAACUUUAGGUGUUCCUUAGGAAGUUACUAAGAAGCAGUUUGAUAAUGAUUUUAGGAACCGUUUUUAUCCUUUUUAACACUUAAAAAUUUGUAUCAUUUUAACUGUUAGAAAGACUAGAAGCGUUUUCUAGAAUCAUCUAAGUCACAUUUUCCUGA